GUCUUCUGCUGCUGCUAGGUGAACUUCAGGAGAGGACACCGACACUUCGGGGAUUGACAAAACGUGAAUCGAUCGGGGGAAUUUCGUGAGCGAGAUGGCUCUGUCCAUGCUUCGUCAUGGACUUCAAAGUGGUCGAGCCCUCAUCUCAAGCGUGCGUCUCACGCCCGCGGCGACUGCGGUGAUCAAGAAGCGAACCAUCAUAAGCAAACAAUUCAAGGAAGAAAACCCCGACAAGCCUAAACCGUGGCCGUACGAGAAAAUGUCGUUCACGGUUUGGGAUACCUUUUCGGAGGACACCGCGGAUCGGUUCGACGAGAAUACGAGGCUCAUCGUCAUCGACGGCAACGUAGGCGUCGGAAAAAGCUAUUUGGCGAAGAAACUCGCUGAAGAGCUCGACUUCUUCUUGUUUCCUGAAGCCACAAUGGACUUCAAGUUCAUAGACGACACAGGAUUCGAUCUCAGAUCCAUCUCGGAGCAUUUCCCCGAAUCCUUGAAGCCCUAUGACCUCGAGAGAUUUUAUUCACAUCCGAAAACCAUCAUGACGGCCGACUUUCAGUACUCCAUGCUGGCUUUGCGGCUCGAGCAAUACAUAGAUGCGCUGGUGCAUCUUUUCAACACCGGCCAGGGAGUGAUUUUGGAACGUUCUCCGUACAGUGACUUCGUUUUCGCGGAAGCCAUGCACAAAGCUGGCUAUAUCGACAAUUACGAUAAGGAAGUCUACGACAAGAUGAGGAGGAACUGUCGGGAAGACAUUCUCAGACCUCAUGUGGUUAUCUAUCUCGAUGCACCAAUCGAUACUCUGCUACAGAGGAUCAAAAGUCGUGGAGUGCCAUGCGAGCAGAACAACAAGGUUCUGACGCCGGAAUACCUCGCCGAAAUCGAUCGAUGCUAUAAAGAGCAAUACCUCCCGUCGAUCAAAGACCACGUCGAAGUGCUUUCUUACGACUGGUCGACUUUCGGGGACCCGAGUCACGUCGUAGAAGAUCUUGAGCGGCUACCUCUUGACGCGAUGCUCGAUGAUCGAUUCGAGAGCAAACUUUCUGACUGGAGAGGGUUCAAUGACCGCGGAUGGGAUGCUCUGAGAAUGAAAUAUACCAAUGAGAAGCGUCGGCUGCUCGUCGAAGCCAUCUACAGCGUCGGUCGCUAUAAUCAUCCGAGCUUGAAUGCCCCCUACGGCGACGUAGAGUUGUACAAUACAGCAUGGGAGACCUAUUACAAACCGAAGUACGAAAAAGGCUUCAACGAAGAGGAUGGCAAUUCGAUCGGGCUCCGUUUCGAAACCGAUUAUAGAGCGAUGCAGAGGCACGAAUUCUUCCGUACUCGAUGAAGGAAACUUGUUCAAGUUUUGGAGGGAUAGUGAAUGACCUUUAGGUAUCUGAGACCGGAAUAAAUUGAGUGAAAGUGAG